GUCCACGAUUUUAUUCUCCCCUCUUUACAGAUUUCAUCACAUCUACAACAUGAAGACCACCAUUUUAUCCGCUGCCUGUCUGGUGCCUUUCAGCGCGGCGACCGAUGUCUUGUUACCUCUAUAUGUUUAUCCUCUGUCGGGUGCCUGGGACGCAGUCUAUAACGCUGCCUCGGCAUACCCAGAUGUGACGUUCAACGUGAUCGUGAACCCUGACUCUGGACCUGGAGCUGGGCAGUACCCUGAUAGCACAACUAUUCCAGCGAUUAAUAAGCUGAACUCGUACCCCAACGUGCAGACCCUCGGAUACGUACACACAUCUUACGCAUCGCAGAGCGUCAGCAAAGUAGAAAGCAACGUCAGCGUCUACGCCGGCUGGGCUAGCUACUCUGAAAGCAACAUUGCCGUUAAAGGCAUCUUCUUCGACGAAGCACCUAACAAUGACGAUCCCACCUCAACGGACUAUAUGUCUAACGCAGCGUCAUACGCACGCGGCCUAGGAUUGGACUGUAUUAUCUUCAACCCUGGAGCCUUGACCACUGCCACCGCUUACUAUGAUGCUGCUGAUUUGAUUGUGAACGAGGAGAUUGCUUAUUCGUCAUACUCCAAGUCCAGCACGGUUGAUGUUAUCCCAAGCCAGUACAGAAACCAGUCUGCUAUUAUUCUCCACGAUACUCCUUCCGGUGCCGAUAUCUCGUCGUUGGUAAGCACUAUUGUCGGCGCCGGUAUCGCCGCAUUCUAUGCGACGGAGGACUGCUGCUAUAACAGUAUCACUACCUCGUUGCUGGACAGUAUUUCCUCUUCCCUAGAGAACGCUUAGGUGUUACGGAGUGGUUUGUCUGGAGUUUGCAGAAAGAUUGUCACUUUUGCCAUCAACCAAUCAGAUUGAAUCAUAUUCUUAUGAGAGGACCCACUCAAAGCUUAUCUAUAUUUCAAUCAAUCAUAUUCGUUCGUUACAGAAGCCGGAAACAAUAGGCCAAUCAGAAGAUGAGUUGAAGUGGGACCUCCCGUCCUUUAAUCAGUUUAGGCUUUUAUUCAUCGAACAAUGGGAGAAUGUCACGAGGUCUUGAUGUACCUAGAUAGAUAAAGACAUCUCGAUCGCUCCAAUAUCUC